ACGUGACGCAGUGACGUAAGCACGUUAGUUUGGCUAACUUUAGAUGCUAACUGCUAACUGCUAAGGCGUGCGCCCCUCUCGCUUCAUAACAGCGCCACAAUGGAGCAGGACACGCAGAAAAACACCAAACAGGAGCGGACCGCGUUGGUUUGCGUCGCUCCCGGAUGCACAAAUACAAACAUUAACACAAUAAACGUGGCGUUUCACAGUUUCCCCGCGGAGCAGAGCUCAAUGCAGCGGUGGCUAACGGCGUUAGCUCGAGCCGAGCCCCCGGACGUGUCCAGAGAGACUGUGUGCAGCAAACACUUUGUACGAGAGGACUUCUUGGAUGAUCAGUGUUUUAUCAUCAGAAACUUUAAAACAAGGACUUUAAAACCAGACGCGGUGCCUUCAAUAUUUGCUUUUCCUCAGACAAACUCCGUGGAGAGUCCAGAGGAGGAAGAGGAUGACAUUCCUGCGGCAGAAACACCAAAACCACACAGACCUCGUGUUGAUAAGGCACUUGGAUUGUUUGCUCAAAUGUUUGUGAAAACCUUAAGAUCGACCCCCAACGGGAUUUUGGACCUUAAGGACGCCGUCACACUGCUAGGAAUGUCAAAAAGAAGAAUUUAUGACAUCACCAAUGUCUUAGAUGGGAUCUCACUUAUCAAAAAGGUCUCCAAAAACUUGGUUAAGUGGGUAGGUUGGCCUAUGGAAGUGACGGACGAGGGGCUGAAGCGUCUGGUGUGCGAGGAGAAUAAGCUCGACGACUUGAUCAAAAACACCAAACAUCAGGUUCAGGAGAUGUAUGAAAACCCUCUGAAUAAGAGAUAUCCUUUUUCGAGAUGUUAUUUGAAACGCGCUCAAAACGGUGAUGUUUUCCUUGACUUUUUCAUUACACUUGCCUAUUUGACUUACGAGGACAUACAGAGCUUACCCCUGUUUGAGGAUCAGGUGGUGUUUGUGAUCAGAGCUCCUCCAGAAACGAAGCUGGAGGUGGCCCACCCUAAAGAGGAUUUCCAGUUGCACAUUAACAGUGACUCGGGGCCAGUGGACGUCUUGGUUUGUUCUGAUGAGGUGGACGUCUCAAACCAGAGCCGAAGACCCGAGUUUGACGACUGGGAUUACUCCUACGUCCCACUGAGAGGAACCUCUGCCGUCUCCUACAGAGAUAAUACUCACGUCAACUACACCAAGAUCAGCGCCGCCUCACCUCCCCCACCGGCGCCGUCACUUCACCUACACCAUCCUCUCAAAUCAUCCCCCGAACGCACGUCUGUCCUCCCGCCCUACGAGGACCGGUCGGCCUCUUCUAGCCCCGCCCCCAUUAUAGCCGUCACCAUAAAAGAAGAAACGAUCAGCGUGGACGUAACCCCGGACGAGGCCGUGGACGCCGCGGUGCACGAGCCCGACCAGCUGACCACAGAUGUCCAGAUGACUGAUUUAUCGUAGCGUAAGUUUGUGACGUGGUGGACUGUGGCGUUCUGGGUGUUUUUUAUGUGACGGUUGCGCGGAUGACGUCACAACCUUUGGAAGUUUAUAUGAGACUCGACGGGGAGCGUAAAGCGUUUAAAGAAGUGACUGAGUGAGUGCGACGCCACCACAGCUUCAGCUCCAAAUGACGCUCACCGAUGCUAGCAGUUAUAGCGGCUAAUUUGGAGCAGAAUUCCACAUUUGGAAUUCCGACUGUGAGUGUCAUAGCGACCAAAGAGCCAAUCAGGAGCGAGGCUGUUGAAGGUAACACCCUUUUUCCACCUGCACCGAUGGUUCAGCAGGGAGCGGUCACUUAGCAACGCUGUCAAUGAAACCUGUUGCUAACGCUAACAGGAGCGACCUCGGGGAAAAGAAAGCGCCUGAUUUGUCUGUUAUUAAUGUUCAGAUCUUGAUUUACAGACACAAUAGUGAAAUAAAAACCCCAGGAUCAUGUAGAGGGUUAAUACGAACAUUUAAGACCAGAAUGAGUCUGACAGACGCAGGUACAGAGAGACGGGGACACAAAGUCGAAGAUCACUUCCUGUUUGUAACGCGGCGGCUAGCAGGUUAGCUCUGUCCAUUUAUAUAAACAGUCUGUGGUGGGAAGUAAUGACAUUUUCUUCUGUUAAAACUCAUAACACACUAAAAUGUGACAGAGCUGCUACAGUUUAAGAAUAAACAGAAAAGCCGACAGCUCUGAUCGAUAUUUAGUUUGUAUCUGAAGCUAAAACACGGAAAUGAAGCAGACGCACAUUUAUCACCGAUACAGAGUUUGGAUCAGACACAGAAGAACUGGACCUUUCUCUCCUUAAAGAUCAUGAUUCUGAGUCUUGUGUUGGGGAAAUAUUUACUCUGGGACGAAAAAAAUAAUAAAAUGAGACAUAAAAAAGCAACAAAAACAUACAUUUUGUCUCUUGUUCUGCUCAUAUUUUCAGAUAAAAUAGCGUCACAUUAAUUGUUCGUGGGACAUUUUAUAUAAUCGCGAUAAUCGACAACAAAGAUAAUCGCUGUUAUAUCACCAGAAUGUGCAGAAAAAAAUGAUUUAUUCACAGGGGAGUUGACGGGGGG